UGUGCGCAUGCGCAUGUCGGCUCAGUCAUGGGACAUGUACACUGAUCAUCAGUGUGCCCUGAUGAUCAGUGUGGCCCCAGAAGUGCCACCUGUCAGUGUCCAUCAGUGCCCAUCAGUGCCACAUGCCAGUGCCCAUCAGCGCCACAGCAAUGCCACAUAUCAGUGCAUACCAGUGCACAUCAAUGCCACAUAUCAGUGCCCAUCUGAGCUGUCUUUCAAUGUCACCCAUCAGUGCCAGUCAGUGCCACCUAUCAAUGCCAAUCAGUGCCACCUAUCAGUGCUGCCAAUCAGUGCCACCUAUCAGUGCCAGUCAGUGUCGCCUAUCAGUGCCAGUCAGUGCUGCCUAUCA